CCGACCCAACGCCGCCGCGAUUCGCCGGAGCCGGAAGCCGGAGGCCCCCACCUCCGCCGCGCCGUAGGUCGCGAGCCCAAUGGCCUCCGAACCCACCGCGGCGGCGACGGGGGCUCCACAGCCAGCCGUAGGGCGGAGGCGGCCGCCGUGCGUCCUCAGCUUCUCGCUGGCGCGCGACCGCUUCCUCCGCCGCCGCUUCCUCUCCGCCGGCCUCCGCCCCUUCUCCGUCCGCCUACCGCAUCCCACCGAAGCCGGAACCACCGUCCACGUCUGGGCCCCGCCGCGCCCGGCGCGCCGCCCCGUCCUCCUCCUCCACGGCUUCGGCGCCUCCGCCACGUGGCAGUGGGCAUCCUACCUCCGCGAGCUCAUCGCCGCCGGCUUCGACCCCAUCGUCCCCGACCUCCUCUUCUUCGGGGACUCCUGCACGCCCGCCACCGACCGCUCCGAGACCUUCCAGGCGGCGGCCAUCAAGGCCGCCAUGGACGGCAUGGGCGUGAGGCGGUUCGACGUGGUCGGCGUCAGCUACGGCGGCUUCGUCGGGUACCGGAUGGCCGCCAUGUUCCCGGAGGCGGUGGAGCGGGCGGUCAUGGUGUGCGCCGGGGUGUGCCUGGAGGAGAGCGACCUCGCCGCGGGCCUCUUCCCCGUCGCCGGCGUCGCCGAGGCGGCCGAGCUGCUGGUCCCGAGCCGGCCGGCCGACGUGCGGCGGCUCGUCAAGCUCACCUUCGUCCGGCCGCCGCCCAUCAUGCCGUCCUGCUUCCUGAGAGACUACAUUAACGUGAUGGGAUCAGAUCACAACCAGGAGAAGACAGAGCUGUUGCAUACUCUCAUCAAUGGCAGGAAGCUUUCAGAUCUUCCAAAAAUCAACCAGCCAACUCUGAUAAUUUGGGGGGAGCAGGACCAGGUGUUUCCAAUGGAGCUUGCUCAUAGAUUGCAGAGCCAUCUUAAGGAGAAUUCUCGAUUGGUGGUUAUCAAGAACGCUGGGCAUGCAGUCAAUCUUGAGAAAUCAAAAGAGGUUUGCAGGAAUAUCAUCGAGUAUUUGCGAGAACCGGUUUCAAUUGCUCCAAAUGCUGCAUUAAAGGUGGACACUGCUGAGCUUGGGAAUCACCAUGAAGAGAUUGCUUAAGAGGACUACAGAUGUAUGACGAUCUUGUUAACUUGUAGAGCGGCUGCUGUAAUGGAAAUAUGUAACCACGUGGACUGGGCUGGGGAAGGCACCUGUAUAUUUGUGAAAGGAUGGGUUUACAGAAGGGAAUUAAAGCUGGUUUUUAGCUCUGUUCUUGUGUCGGGUUACAUCGUUUCUUCCUUUUUUUUUUUUGUGAGAUCAAGCAGCA